CGGUCUUCGUUCAAACUUUGCAUUCGUCAGUUCCCGUAGUUCGCCGUGAAAAGUGAAGCGAGCAGCGGAUAAAAAUGGUGAAGAAGGAAACAAAGCCAGAUAAGGCCAAGGCCGCGCCAAAGGCCAAGAAAGAAGGAGGCGGCGGAAAGGCCAAGAAGAAGAAGUGGUCGAAAGGAAAAACUCGCGAUAAGCUGAACAAUAUGGUUCUAAUGGAUAAGGCAACUGAAGAUAAACUACGGAAAGAAGUUGUGAAUUAUAAACUCAUCACUCCUGCCAUUCUGUCGGAGCGUCUCAAAAUCCGAGGAUCCUUGGCAAGGGCAGUGAUCCACCUCCUUCAUAGAGAAGGAAAAAUCCGACCGAUCAUUCGGCAUAAUGCACAGUUGAUUUACACGCGUGCUGGCAAGGGUCCUGAAGAACCGGAAGAAUAGUGGGGUUUUUUGUUCACUUGAGUUUUAUCCAGUUAUUGAAUUCCUUAUCGUGGAAUGCGAAUCGAAUAAAGCACUGGCGAACUGCUG